AUGGAAUGUGAUUAUAUCAUUUACAAUAUCAAAGAUGAUCACACUGUUGUUGAUGAUGCUUUGUGGAUACUAGAUCAAAUCCAUAGUAAUUUAGAAUCUUUUACAAUACAAAAGAUAUUCAUUCUUAUUUCUUCUGUAUUAACAUGGUCCAAAAGUGCACUUCCAGAUCCAGAUGAUCCGGAAAUGCCUUUUACUUAUGAUGAUUAUUUAAGAAGGAAAUCACAUCCAAACUUCAAAGAGCAUAUAUUAGCUGGGAAAUCAGUUGUACAACAAGGAAAAAUAGUAACUUAA